AUGCCUGCACCCACAGCUCUCAAGCAAUUUGCUGAUACAGCAAUAACCGAAGCGCCGAUUCCGUAUUCCUCAGAUGCUCAAAUAACGACAGAGCAAGCCCCGUCGGUGCUUGCUCCUAUUUUUGAACCGACCCAGGAUAACGACAUGCACAUUGACGAAGAGGGACGGCCAAUUUUCACACCAGCCAAAGACACCAGCCGGGUGCAUCGGAUUGAAAACCGGAAAGUUCCUGUUCCGCCACAUAGAAUGACCCCGUUGAAGGCGAGCUGGUCGCGUAUCUACCCCCCUCUUGUCGAGCAUCUCAAACUGCAAGUAAGGAUGAACAUCAAGAAUCGAGCUGUGGAACUACGUACAUCACGAUUCACUACCGAUACCGAGGCUCUGCAGAAAGGGGAGGACUUUGUCAAGGCUUUCACUCUUGGAUUUGAUGUCGACGAUGCCAUCGCCCUUUUGCGACUAGAUGAUCUAUACAUUCGCUCUUUUGAGAUUCGGGAUAUCAAGGCACUCAACGGAGAACACCUUGGCCGUGCAAUUGGGCGCUGUGCAGGUAAAGACGGCCGAACCAAGUUUGCGAUCGAGAACGCCACUCGGACAAGAAUUGUUAUUGCAGAUCAAAAAAUUCAUCUGCUUGGAGCCGUAAAAAAUGUUGACUGCGCCCAACAAGCUAUUGUUAGCUUAAUCAUGGGCAGUCCACCGGGUAAAGUGUAUGGUAACCUUCGUAAGGUGGCAUCGCGCAUGAAGGAACGCUUUUGA